AUGUACAAUAUCUUUUUACUUUUAUUUCUAUUUAUUCCAUCAUUGCUUUGUGCAACAAUAACUCCUCCAAUACCAAAAGCUGCAACUGAUUUAAUAUCAUAUAGAGAUCCAAUCACAGGUGUUAUUAAUAUAGACUCAAUUGAAAAAUAUAAUUUAUUAUUGAACAAUACAAAUAUUUCUCCAGAAUAUUAUACUGCAUUGCUGAUAACUAAAGAAAACAAUAAUGAAAAUAUUUGCUUGAAUUGUCAAAUUUUUGAAAAUGAAGUUUAUAACCCUGUCAAUAAAAUACUUAAUAUAUAUGGAUACAAUUCACAGGUUAUUUUCAUGAAAAUUUCAUCCGAUUCAUUUACUAAUUCAGAAAACUACCAAAUUUUCCAUUAUGAUCUCGAAAAUAAAAUUAAAACAGUUCCAAAAUUGUUUAUUUUCCCACCAUUUUUAGUACCUAAUAACGAUACGGAAAUUGUUAUGGCGGGAUUUGAUUAUAAAAAAAAUAAUUUUUAUGAAUUCCCCAUCCCAAAUACGAUAUUAGACUCUAAAAGUGUAAAAAUGAGUUUGACAGAUUACAUUGCUAAAAUUUUACAGGUAUUUAUUGAAAUCCCGCUUGAUGAAAGGGAACAAGUAUCGUCAUUUAUGGUAAUUUUCGUAACUUGCCUAAGCAUUUUCGUUUUUUUUAAAAAAAAAAUAUACCCACACGUUAAAUCUUUUAUCUUUAGGUUUAUAGCUAUGCUAGCAAGUUUUCUAAUAAUAUAUGGUAGUAUUACUGGCUAUAAAUUUACUGUUAUCAAUAAAAUCCCAUUUAUUGCCAGAAACUCAGAUACAGGUGAAAUAAUGUGGUAUAGCGGUGGGUUUUCUUGGCAAUUUGGUAUUGAAAUAUUUGAAGUUAGUGGAAUGUAUAUUUUAAUGGGUCUACUUGUUCUAACGCUAAUUAUCUUCCCUAAAUUUUACACCAACAGCAACAAAAAAACUAAUUCUUCUGGUCCCUCGACAUUAUUAUUAUUAUUAGUAUUAUUAGGUACCAUUAUAGUUUGUAUGGCAUUGACAUUACUUAUGAUAUAUUUCAACUCAUGCUUCAAAAUCAAAUAUCCCAGCUAUCCUUUUUAA